GCCUAAAAGACCAAUCUCUGUUUUUGACAGAACUCAUUUUUAGAUUAUUUAAGAGAGGAGAAAGUAGGGUUCGUCCUUAAAGUUGUGUAGCGCUGCCGUGGAAAUAGUUCUAAUACGAAAAGUGAUACGUGUGCCACAAACCAAACCAAGAAAAAUGGCUCGAAGAAUACUCGCUUUAGUGUGCAUCAUGGCCAUAUUGAUUUCAACAGCCACGUGUCUGCCAGAUGCCAUGUUAGCACCCCCUAGCAGACCGUCAGAGUUCCGAUCCCCAGGACAGCUUAGAAGUUACCUCAAAGCACUUAAUGACUAUUAUGCAAUAGUUGGAAGACCAAGAUUUGGAAGAAGUGCCAACAAACAGCCAGGACAAAACACAUUUCAAGAAGAAUCCUUAGACAGUGAAUAGACUAUGGUUACCUAUGGGAUGACGGUCUGCAACGUGAUACAUAUGACGUCAUUGAUGACGAAAAUAUUCCAUUCUACUGAUCUGGACAUAUCAAAUCGUUCAACGAUAUUCUUCAUCUUCUUUGGAUUGCAUUUUUGAAUUAAGAGUCAAACAAUUACUAACUGUAAACCUCAGACUGAUAAUAACACAAUAAACCUACGAUUGACAAAACAUUCUGAUUGAAAUGUUGCGUUUUGUUGUGUAACGUAUGAAAACGUCUUCAGAACUCGGGAUCUGUCUACCUACGUAUGCAAAAGUGCUAUGUAAACAUUACAAAUAAUUACAUUAAUAAAUCUUAAUAUGUCGAACUAAUGUACCCAUUCCAUUUCAAUUUUCUUUUCUGUCAGCCUCUCUGGAAUAAAGUUAAGAAAAGCAGCAUUCACAGAAUGUAUAAAUGAGUGCAGACUUGUCCUUAAGACGGACUACACACAGGCGUAGGAGCGAUUUCAAAAUUUUGGGAGGGGUCUAGCCUGUGAAAUAUAUCUAUAUUUUUUAACGCAAAGUUUUGACAAUAAAAAAAAAAAAACAUUUAAAGAAAAAUUAACAUUGGUUACAAUCUUUUUAUCAAUCAACAUUUAUUGAAAAAGAAAACUUGCAACUACAUCUAAAAUAUUCAUUGAAUAUGCUUUAUACCUUUCUUUUCUGUUUUUUUUUCUGUGAUUAUACAGAUUUUGAGGCUAAAAAUUGGGUGGAAUCAAGUUUUGUCUCUCAUUCACAAAGUGGCCCCGCUACGCCUCCAUCAACCUUGCUCCUACGCCUAUGCUACACACCCUGAGGUAUAACAUCAGUGACGCUUUUUACGUACACAACCAUAUAAUUAUAUUGUAAAGAAUCUGAUGUUUUAUUUAUCCUGACUUAUAUGUAUGUUUUAGGGGAAUAAGUGCUGGCUUGUCAUCUUUCUUUUCCGUAUGUUCUUGAUACAAUUAAGAAUAAAGUUGUUUGUACAAAUUUA